GGUCGCCACGUGGACAACACAAGUGACAGUCUGUUCCGUUAUCACUAUCUCACUCAGAUUAUUUAUGAUUGCUUCAACAAAAACGCCAUCGUGUUUGUCGCUCUUUCUCUUGCAUUCUUCGUCACUCUCACUGAAGCUUUUGAAUAUGGCUGAGGCUACACAAUCUAAUGCUGAGUUGUUUGAAUGGCCAAAGGAAGAUAGGCGCCGCUUCCUGCAUGCUGUGUACCGCGUUGGUGAUCUUGAUCGCACCAUCAAGUUUUACACUGAAGCUUUUGGAAUGAAGCUUUUGAGGAAAAGAGAUGUGCCGGAAGAAAAAUACGCCAAUGCUUUUCUUGGAUUUGGACCUGAGCAAUCCCAUUUUGCUGUGGAAUUAACAUAUAAUUAUGGGGUGACCUCAUAUGAUAUUGGAACUGGCUUUGGACACUUUGCUAUAGCAACUCCAGAUGUAUACAAAUUGGUUGAAGACAUCCGUGCUAAGGGUGGAAUCGUCACUAGGGAACCUGGUCCAGUUAAGGGUGGGUCAUCUGUUAUUGCCUUUGUGAAGGAUCCUGAUGGUUACAUGUUUGAGCUCAUCCAAAGAGCAUCGACCCCUGAACCCUUGUGCCAAGUAAUGCUUCGUGUUGGUGAUUUAGAACGCUCAAUUAAGUUUUAUGAAAAGGCUUUGGGUUUGAAGGUAGUCAAGAGGGUCGAUAGACCUGAAUACAAGUACACUAUUGCUAUGCUUGGGUAUGCAGAGGAGCAUGAGACAAUUGUGUUAGAGCUGACAUAUAACUAUGGUGUCACUGAAUACACUAAGGGAAAUGCUUAUGCACAGGUUGCUAUUGGUACUGAUGAUGUAUACAAGAGUGCUGAGGUAGUCAACAUUGUCACACAAGAGCUUGGAGGGAAGAUUACUCGGCAACCAGGGCCACUUCCUGGUCUCAACACAAAGAUCACUGCUUUCCUAGAUCCAGAUGGCUGGAAAACUGUCUUGGUUGACAAUGAAGAUUUUCUGAAGGAACUGGAGUGAAGAGUGCUGGCUUUUUAUGAAAUAUGAAGUUCUACUGCUAUUGUAUAAAUAAGUUGUCUGGCUUGAUGAGCAUUCAGCAUGUGUGUUUAGCUCUGUAAUUGACUCAAAUGCAGUUGAACCUCAAUUUGAACGCUAUCUUUACGAAGUGUUUGGUUGAGAUUCUAAACUGUCUGUAGUAACAUCUCACAACCAAUUGCAACAGUAUUUCAAGAUCUUUAGCUAAAGAAGGAGAAUUAUUUCCAA